CCAACAAUUGAUCAGAACUUAUACUACACUGGCAUGAAGUACACUUCGGCGACUUUCACAGCUGCAAUGACCAAUGUUCUGCCUGCCUUUGCCUUUAUUAUGGCGUGGAUCUUCAGACUUGAGAAGGUUAACGUCAGGAAAAUACACAGCCAAGCCAAGAUUCUAGGGACAAUUGUGACAGUUGGUGGAGCAAUGCUUAUGACUGUUGUGAAAGGACCUUUAAUUCCUUUGCCUUGGGCUAAUCCUAACGACAUUCAUCAAGACGCAUCCAAUCCCGGAGUCAAACAAGAUCUUACUAAAGGCGCACUCCUCAUCGCUGUCGGUUGCAUCUGCUGGGCCGGUUUUAUCAAUCUCCAA